AUGGAUUCGGCGGACGAUUCAAGAAAAGAUCCGCCACUGGGAUCCACAUUUUCCUCGGUGCCUAAUUUAGAUUCGGACGUUAAUGCAAAUGCCCGUAGGCCUGUUUAUGAAAAUGGGACAGACAACAAUGUCAACAUCCAAAACGGAGCCCAGCGGGGGGCGAGUGACCCCAGCGCGUACCCGUCCAAUGACUACCAGGGGCUGAUCCGCCAGAGGUUCAUCCGGCGGAGCUUGUGGGUGUCAGACUCCGAGGAGCAGCCGGUGGACACGCCGGAUUGUGUCAACAGCAGCCCGGUGCUCAACAUUGACCUGCGGACCAUCGUUGAUCGGAGUCGGACCCGGGUUCUGCAGGGAGCCCGGCUGGGCCUCCAAGAGACCUCAAGCAGGGAAAGCCAGGUGGAGCUGAAGGACAGCGCCACAGAGAGCGCGAGCGCCGACGAGGAUAAGGGAGACAGGGGCGUGAGAGAGACGAUUGCAGAGAUUGUUCCCUCGGAUGUCACAGGUAAAGCAGGAAGUGACGAGAACGAAGAGGAACCCGGGAUGAAGGCCGUGUCCACUUCACCUGGGGGCCGCUUCCUCAAGUUUGACAUUGAGCUGGGCAGAGGGUCCUUCAAGACCGUCUAUAAAGGUCUUGACACCGACACCUGGGUCGAAGUGGCGUGGUGUGAACUCCAGGAAAGGAAACUGUCCAAAGCUGAGAGACAGAGGUUCAAAGAGGAGGCAGAGAUGUUGAAGGCUCUCCAGCACCCCAACAUUGUGCGAUUUUAUGACUUCUGGGAAUCACCGGUUAAAGGAAAGAAGUGCAUCGUUCUGGUGACAGAGCUAAUGACCUCAGGGACACUAAAAACGUAUCUGAAGCGUUUUAAGGUGAUGAAGCCUAAAGUUCUUAGGAGCUGGUGCAGACAGAUUCUCAAGGGCCUCCACUUCCUCCACACAAGGACCCCUCCGAUCAUCCACAGAGAUCUCAAGUGUGACAACAUCUUCAUCACUGGUCCUACAGGCUCUGUCAAAAUAGGAGACCUGGGCCUGGCAACACUGAAGAGGGCCUCCUUUGCUAAAAGUGUUAUUGGCACUCCAGAGUUCAUGGCCCCAGAGAUGUAUGAGGAACACUAUGAUGAGGCUGUGGAUGUCUACGCCUUUGGGAUGUGUAUGCUGGAGAUGGCCACCUCAGAAUACCCCUACUCUGAGUGUCAAAACGCUGCUCAGAUUUACCGUAAAGUCACCAGCGGAGUGAAACCUGCCAGCUAUAGUAAAGUCAGUGACCCAGAAAUUAAGGAAAUAAUCGGGGAAUGUAUCUGUCACAGAUGGGAAGAAAGGUACUCUAUCAAGGACCUCCUGAACCAUGCAUUCUUUGCAGAGGAUACAGGCGUGAGGGUGGAGCUCAAUGAAGAGGAUGAUGGGAAGAAAUCAUCCAUUGCUCUGAAGCUGUGGGUUGAGGAUACUAAAAAGCUGAAGGGGAAGUACAAGGACACUGGUGCCAUUGAAUUUACCUUUGACUUGGUGAGCGAGGUCCCAGAAGUUGUUGCCCAAGAAAUGGUGGAAUCAGGGUUUUUCCUGGACUGUGAUGUAAAGGUAGUUGGGAAGUCCAUCCGGGACCGCGUGGCUCUCAUCAAAUGGAGGAGAGAGCGGACUGUCUCGUCAGGUAAUGGCGAGGCGGCUGUAAAGAAGACACAGCAGAACCUACUGCAGGUGCCCGGUACCGGUGUACCACAGGCAGCUACAUUAGCUACAACAGAAUAUGAUGACCAAGAAGCGGAGCAGCAGACCCUGAUCUGCUCCGUGCCCGCCACCACAUCUACUACAUCUGACAGUGGAGCGAGCUCUGCCAUGCAAUUAGAUGAUCUAAACAAUCAGCAAAAUGGCCUCUACCAGUCGCUUACAGAGCCCAUUUCCACAACUCAGAUGAUCUACAGUCCUCCUACACAGGCUGAACCUCAACUGCACCAGGGGCCCUACCAGCAACCCACAGCACAGGCCUCACAUGAAAACUACACACAGACAUCCACUCAAUUACACCAGGGGGCCUACCAGCAAACCACAGGUCAGCUGCAUCCUGGGGCCUAUCAACAAUCUGCAGCACAACUGCACCAGGAGCCUUAUCAGUCUCAAACAACAGUUUCUACUCCAGCUACGCCGGCCCCUAUUGUGCACCAGAGUAGACAGACAUCACAGAGCUUCCCAGCUGCAGCCCCGACUCCACAGCUUACUGCCCAACCCAGCCAGGAGCAGUGUCAUCUCCAACCAGCUGCUGUCCUGCCCCAGCGGUUAUCUGCUGACCAGCCUACAUCUCACCUGAGUCCUCCUGACAUAUCUACCAGUUUUUCACAGUCAGUCUCCAGUGCUCCUCCCCCACUCCUGCCCCUGCAGUUCAGCACACAGUUUCCCUCACCAUAUCCUGUUGUUCAAACAGGGAGCUUCAAGCCCCCUCCCUUUCCUCUAGAUCCUCUGCCAUGUGCCUACAGCAGCAGUGGCCCUCCUAUGUUUAGCUCCCACUACUCACCUUCACCCCACCGCCCCUCCCUUCCUCUGACCCCUCAUGCUGCCUUGCCCUCUAUGCCUACUCUCGGCACCCCUCAGACUCCUCUGUCGACACCUCAGCACAUGCCCUCUAUUCAGCUUUUUAGCAUGGCCAUGUCCCCUGCAGUACCCCAGCAGCAGGGCGGCCCUCCAACAUCUCAGACAAACCUUGGUAGCUUCCAUACCACCCAUCCCUUACCUCUCUCCCAGGUACAAACCACCCCAUACCCCGCCCCCCACCCUGAGCAGGAACUGGCUGAGCAGCCUGUCCAGGUACAGAGGAUUGCACCACAGGGGACAGAUGUUCACCUUUUGGCUCCAGUUCACCCUGAAUUGCCUGCUGUUCAGACUCCUCACUGGGGAAGCAGUAUAGAUGCAGAAGCUACUGUAGGUGGUCUAGACUUAACUGUAGCCCCUAUAGUUCCAGCUCCAGUCCCCGCCCCAGCCUCAAUCUCAGUCUCAGCUACAGCCCAAGUUGAAACUCAAGCCCCAGCACAAAGCCAACCACUGGUCCCAGUAUCAGCCAUGCCUCAAACUGAAGCUUCAACCCUUGGAAAAGACCCAACUUCAGUCCCAAUACAAGUUCCAUCAGCAGUGCAAGCUUCAGCCUCAGCCCCAGUUCAAAUACCAGUUUCGGCAUCUGGUCUCACUUAUGAAUCACCAAAAAGCUCAGACACAUCUUUUGCAAUUGAUAAACCUAAACUCUCAGUCCCAGGUUUAGCCUCGGCCCCAGUUCAAUCUGCAGCCCCAGCUCAUGCUCCAGCACCUGUCGCAGCUUCAGUCCCAGCUCCAGUUCUGCAGCUUGCUGGCAUCCAGACAGCAAUCUCAGUGUCUGAGUAUGCUGGCCAGGCCACAACUCAGCAAAACGUUGAGUCGACAUCUGUGUCUAGCACCCUUCAACAAGAGCCCUGUGUAGAGGAUGGGUUUCAGGACAAACCAGUAUCUUUACCCAGCUAUGCGUAUGACAGUCUCAACUCUGACGUGGCAUCUGGUAAGGAAACAAGUGACGGCUAUGACAGCUUAGCAAGUGGAGGGAAGGGGGACGGGAAACCCAGGAAACACCACCGCAAAUCUGCCCGCACACGUUCCCGGCAAGAAAAGACCAGCAAACCCAAACUGAGCAUGCUCAAUGUUUGCAACACGGGCGAUAAAAUGGUCGAAUGCCAGCUGGAGACUCACAACCACAAAAUGGUGACAUUUAAAUUUGAUCUGGAUGGAGAUGCUCCAGAGGAAAUUGCCACUUACAUGGUAGAGAAUGGCUUUAUCCUGCUGUUAGAGAAGGAGAUUUUCAUCGACCAGCUGAAGGACAUUGUAGACAAAGCUGAAGACAUGCUGAAUGAAGACAUGGAGGGUGAAAGGGCCUCCACUUUGAGUUGUAGUCCUCAACAAGGCCCAGUUUUUGAAGGGCUGGUAGGAGAGAGUCAGCAGCCUGGAGCACCUCAGGCUGUCUAUCAGCAGAAUGUUCUUCACACAGGAAAGAGGUGGUUCAUAAUCUGCCCAGUAGAGGAGACGCCCACAUCCAGCCAGGACACCCCAUCUGAUGGUACAACUACACAGUCUCCUGGGAGUUCAGCCACUCCCCAGCCUACUGAGAGUGGUACUGCAAGGCCGUCCAGAGAAGAAGGGUCGUCCUCCACGAUGUCAGGUGGAAGUGGAGGCUUCACCUAUGAUGUGUAUGGAUUCUGUAGCCCUCCGAUAAUGUCCAACACAGACCCUCUCCUCUUAGCUACUCUGUCUCCCCCUGUGUCUGCUCCCCCGACCCUUCAGUCAGUGUCAUCGGUGGAGCCUGCUAGCAGCUCGGUGCAGCCCAGUGUUCAUCAGGCCCAGCCAGCCAGAGCUCAAACUUUGCCCCCAUCAUCCCCGCAUACGUCUUUCCCAGUUGAUGAGUCACAGGGAUCCCCUUUAAGUUCCAUCUCCCCGAUCCAUGCAGCUCAGCAGAUGCUCGACAUGGCAUGUCCUGUUUCUAUGGCUGACGAAGUGCCCUGCUGCCCUCUGGUCAUGCCUCUGUCUCUGGAUGUGAGCGGGUUGCAGAGUGGAUCUCCUCUCACUCCUCUUCCACUCCAGGAGCCAGGUGUAGUCAAAGAGCCACUGUCGGUCUCCUACGCCUCAGCAACGCGGAGCGAGCGCCCACAGCAGCCUGUGGUGCUCCACCAGCCUUUUUCUAGCGUAGGAGGGACCAAAGUGCCCUCACUGCCACAGAGCCCAGCGCCAUCCCAGCACUGUACAGGGCCCAGUGAGGCAGAUGGCGAAGGACGACUGGGCCGCGGGGGUUUUGUGGAUAGCACCAUAAAAACACUGGAUGAGAAACUAAGGAACUUGCUCUACCAGGAAUAUGCUCCCAUGUAUCCAUCAGGCAGUGCUGCAGAGACACCAGGCUCCGGCACCGAGUACAUUCAGUCUCCUCCUGGUCCAGACAGCGCCACAGGAGGGUCAGGAAACAGCACGCCUGGGCCGAUGGGGGAGGGACGGUACAGGGCAGGAGAACAGCUGCCUCAAAUUCCAGAGAGAAUGGACAGUUUGAGCACACUGAGUGACUCAGCCGUGUGUGCUUCCCUGUCAAGAAGACACGUUCCUCACUCUGCAUCCUGCUCUGGAACAAGAGGCCGAUUUAAGAUAAUCUCUGUUCCUCCUGAAGUGGCCAACAGACGCGAUGUGAAGCAGAGGAGCUGGAGCAGUGCUGCCUCCCCGGCACACCCUGUAGAAUACAAUGGGGACCACGUUCAGGAGUCCAUGACUGCCUCCACGACAAUUGGCCGUUUCUCUGUGGUCAGCACUGAAGAUGACAUUACACAGAGGACACGCUGCAGCCGCUACUCUGCCCCACCUGAUUUCUACCUGGACACACCUCCUUCCAUGGACUCGGGGGCCGAGAGCAGCCCUGCAAAGCUGGCUCCCGCCACCCCGUCUCAACAUACUCGCUCUGAGCGCAGAGGAAGUGACCUCAUGAAGAGGGCUGUGGCCUUCCUCCGUCGCUCAGGUCGCAGCAGCAGUGUGCAGAGCUCUGACUCACCAAGCAGGCAUGGAGGCGUGCACGGCUCCGCCUAUGCCAGCAGUGACAAUGACUCAGAGAUGGAGGACUCGGACAUGAAGAAGGAACUACAGAGACUCAGGGAGAAACAUCUUAGGGAGAUCUCUGAGCUUCAGGCCCAUCAGCGGGGGGAAGUGGAGCUGCUGUAUCGCCGGCUUGGCAAGCCUCCUCCUCCUGGCCUGGGUCUCUCACAUGUUGCACCACACGCCGGCCGUAGAAAGAGGUCCAGCAAGCACAGACUGAAGCCUGGCAAACUUCUCAGCCCUCUGGUGCAACAAUUUAGAAAUGUCACAACCAAAUCUAGUGACUCCAGCAGAUCCAGUGCUGCUACAGGUACAGGUGAGCCCACAGUGAGUUUAAAUGGCUCUCCAGCCAAAGGGUCUUUCCCCACUCACAGCAGGGCUCGCUCAUGCACCAGCCACCUUCCCAGCUCCACCUCAGAGCCCGUGCAAACUCAGCAGCCCUGUUCCCUCAAGGGCUCUUUGUCUUCUGAUAAUAUUUACGCUGGACUACAUAGAGACGGCACUGGCACACAAGCUCCACCUGGACAAGGCUGGGCUAAUUACCCUCAAACAUCUGAGAGAGUGACCUAUAAAUCGAGUAGCAAGCCACGGGCUAGAUUUCUCAGUGGGCCUGUGUCUUUGUCUAUCUGGUCAACACUGAAGCGACUGUGUCUUGGCAAAGAGCGUGGCAACAGGUCUGGAGCUGGACCAGGGGCUUUCAAUCAAUCCCAGCAGCCGCCUACUGGUGCCACACCUCCUUCUCAUCAGCCAGUGAUGGGACUGGCCCAAGCUCAGGCCAAUAACAGCAACAACAAGACAGGCACAUACACUGGCACAUCCAUCAGUGCCAUUGAAAACACCCUACCUGAAGACUUGCAACGGCUGAUGGAUGACUGGGCCCAGGAGGUUCUUAUUGUCACCCACAGGCCACGCACUAACUCUCUGAGCAUCAGCGGGCAGCAGCUUUGGGAUCAAGUUGUGCCUCGAACACAUGGACAACUGACUAGUGCUUUAGAUGUAUCAUCAUGGACAGCCCCAGGUCCAGAGGUCAGCAGUUUCCCCCUGUCAUGGCCUGACAGCCCUGGGUCAACAAUGAUGACCAGCCCCUCCGCCGGGCCCCGUCCCAGUUAUCAGCUUCACUCUCCUGCUCCAUUCAGGGCCUUGUCCUCACCUCUCUCCGUUAGUGGGUUUCUCUUCCCCCUUCCUUCAGGAGUCUUUGCCUUUCCUGCUGUACCCUCAGCCCAGGACGGCCCCGGCCCCACUGCAGCUCCAUCAUAUCAGCCACCAGACCCCAAAGCCAGGACUCUCUAAUUUGAGUAGCAUUGUGUCUUCCAGUUCUGUUACCAAAAAGAAAUCUCAUCAUAGGUCUAGUCAGUCUUAUGUGCAUAUACUGUAUAUAUUUAACCAGCAUGUAUUUAACCAUAUGUACAUACUUGUCUCCAUUCUUGAGUUAUUUGUUUGAUGUGCAUCGACAUACCUCAAGUCCAUAUUACAGUACAUAAUCCCUGAGUGCAGUGUAAUGGUAGUAUUACAUUAAAAUGUGUAUAAUUAGCCCAAUCAGACUUAAAAGUGCAGACUUUUGUCAUUGCAUAUGUAAGUACCUUACCACUCAUCGAAUGUACAUAAUGUACUGUUCAUUCAUGCUGUGUUUCUAUAAAAAGUUCAUGUUUGUGUU